UUAUUUAUUAAUAAAGUGUUAUUUAUAGUAGUACUCUUCAGAAAUUAGAUCAACUUCAUAAAGAAGAACUUUCAGAUUUAAGGGCAACAACUCGUGCCAACCAAUCGAAUCUGGAAAAUUAUGUUGCAAAAUUAAAGAAGCAUAUAACACAAAAACAAUCAGAUUCCAAAGACUCAAGUACAAAUACAUCUGAAAAUGAAGGAAAGAAGGAUUUAAGUGAUACUUUUAGCAUUUCAAGUGAGAAAAGUAUAUCUCCUGCUGAAAUGUGUCCAAAUUGCAAAGUAAUUGCAGAUAAAACUAUAGAAAAGAAAGUAGAUUUAAUGAAAAAGCAGUCACUUAAACGUGAUAAAACAAUUCAAGGAUUGACUGAAAUUUUGUACAGGAAAGAGAAAGAUUUAAAAUAUUUCAGAAAUAAACUGGGUGAGAAAGAAGCUCUUGAUCAAUUAUUAAAGCUAGUCAAGCAGUCAGUCAAUAGUGCCAUUACUACAACAGAAAUUGAUCAAACUGUGAUAACUAAUUUAUCCAUUGCUCUUCGAAAGUAUUUGUCUACGUAUCAAGACAAAGAAGAAAUAGAAUCACUAGAAAAUAGCAUUGAGUCAUUUGAAAAACAUUAUUUGCAAUGGUUAACAAUGAUGCAAAAUAAAUCUGUUAAUAAAGAGGAGAGUUCACUUGAGGAAACUAAUGAUGAUAUGAAAAAAGAAUUGGCUUCCCUUCAUCAAGCAGUUAAGGAUAAAAAUUUAUUCAUACAGGAACUCUUGACUGAACGAAAAAAUGCUGUGACCGAGAACAGUAAAAGUGUAGAAAAUUUAUUGAAUAAUUUGAAACAAAAAGAUAUUUAUAUCCAAGAUUUACAAUCAAAAUUGGAAGAACUUGAAAAAUGCUUAAAGAAAGAAGAGAAUAUUAAAGAAAAGGAUUUAAUUCAGUCGAAAGUUGAUAUUACGGAAUUGAUGAACAAAAAGGAAGAAUUGGCAUCUGAUAACGAAAAAUUAAAGUUGGAGCAUUCUAAAAUUAAAGAGAAGCUUGAUGCUGUUUUAAGACAAAAAGAUAAUGAAAUAGAAAGACUUAAUGAACUUUGUGAAAAAUUACAACACAAAACUGAAGAAUUAGAAUUUGAAAUUGAUGAAAAAAUGGGAGAAUUGCAUGAAUGCGAAAAGGAAAGAGACAGUUUAAAAGAACAGUUUUCUUUGCAGAAAGAGAAAGCAAUAGACAUUGUAAAUUAUGAAAAAGAAAUUGAAUUGGUGAAAGAGCAGUUUGAAAAUAUAAAAUUGGAAUUAGAAAAUACAAAAUUAGCGAAUAAUACUUUACAAAAUGCGAUUACAGAAAAAGAUAAUUUGUUGGAAAUCGUUAAUAAAAGGCAUAUAGAAUUGCAGAAUGAAUAUAUUAAAAGUCAACAUAGUUUAACUGAAAAAGAUAAAUUAUUCUGUGAACUUAAAACAAAACUAGAAGAAAUGACAUCCGAUUUCAGUAAAAUAAAAAAGAUAAAACAGUUUGAAAGUGAUGAACUAGGAAGGUUACGAAAUGAAGGAAAAAUAGCAAUAGAUGCAAAAGAAAAACAAAUACAAGAAUUAAAAUGUUUGUUACAAGAAAAAACAUUAAUGAUUGAUGCACUGAAUGUUGAAUUAGAAUUGAAAGAGAAUGUAGCUGAACAAUUACAUGACAGUGAACACCAUAAAUCAGUUAAUAGGAAAGAUUUCAAAAUUAUGAGUAAAAGGAAUUCUUUGAAUAAAUUUGUGUCACAAUUGAAAAGACACAGUCUUCCUGUAUAUGUAGAAACUGAGAAAUGUUUUUCAAGACUAUUGGGCCAAAAUUUAACAAGUUUUGGACAGUCUGAUGAUAUUUAUGUUCUAAAAGAAGAAAUCUGUUUUCUUAUUCUUAAGAUAGAAAAUUUGGAACAGCAGAUUCAGGAGAGUAAUGGUGGCGUUGGUAGCAAUUUAAACCUGCUUUCUGGUGUUUCAGAAGUAUUUCCAAAUUCUUCUUUAAAUAAAACUGCAAAGACUCUGCAUAUUCUUCAUGCACAUAUAGAAGAAUUGGCUAAUUUCUUAGAAUGUCUUCUUCGCUUUGAUUCUGAUGGUCAAUUGGAUAUUAGUUUAUUAACUCCAAAAAAUGUUGCCAGAUUGAAAAAAUACCUUGCCGAUAGUAAAGAAUUAUCACAAUCUUUUUCUGCAAGUUUGUUAGGAGAAGAAUUUUCAUUUAUAGAUAAUUCAUUAGAUUUGGAACCUUCUAAAGAUAUUGGAAAGCUUAAAGAUUGGACAGAGAUAGAAAAAAUUGCUGACGAGAAAACAGAGAAUUUAAAAAAUCAGAUGGCCGAAUGUCAUGCUGCACUUCAAAAUAAAGUUCUAGAAUGUAAUAAUUUAAUACAGACCAAAGAAAUGCUAGAGAGAGAAUUAUUAGUGUGUCAAGAGGAACUAGCAUCAUGUAGAGAAAUGUUGGAGGAACUGAAAAUAAAAUUAGAAGAUAAGGAUAAGAAUUAUCAAAAAUUAUUAAUUGCUAAAGAUCAGCUUGAAUUAAAAGAUAAUGAAAAUUGUACACUGCAUAGAGAAGUUCAUAGGAAGUUAGUCAGUCUGAGUAAUCUUGUAGAAAACAUGCAAAAACGAUUAGCCGAAGAAGAAAGGAAAGUAGUCACAAUCAGUAAAGAAAAAUCUGAAUUGGAACGACAAUUGAAUAAAGUUGUUGUUGAAAUGGAACAGAUUCAACAUCUGAAUCUUCAAUUACAGAAUGAAUUGAAAGAAAGAGAAAUCAUAUGUAAUGAAUUUGAAAGUAAACUCCAAAAUGAAAUAGAAGAAAAAAAAUUAAUUUCUGAAAAUUUAAAGCAAAAACUUGAAAAUGAAAUACAAGAAAAACAAUUAAUUAGUAAGAACUUUGAAGAAAAAUUAGAAAAUGAAAUUAAAGAGAAAACAAUAAUUUGUCAAAGUUAUGAAGAAAAACUUCAGAAUGAAUUAAAAGAAAAAAAAUUAAUUUUCCAAGAUUAUCAAGAGAUUAAGAAUUUGUUAGGUUCUCUCCAACAGAAUUGCAUUCAAUUAAAAUCUGAACUAGAAGGACGUAUCAGUUCAGAGAAAGAAUUAAUUAAAGAGAAAACAUUAUUAGAGAGAGAUGUUUAUUGUAGAAAUGAACAAAUAAAAGAUUUGGAACAGUCACUUAAAAAUUGUGAAAAGGAACUAGAAGAAAAGCAGUUAAGUUGGCAAACAAAUGAAAAGGAGAAUAUAAAACACAUUGAAGAAUUACAAGAGGAAAAAAAUAGGUUGAACAAAAGACUGCAGAGCACUGAAAAAGAGCUGUUUGAUAUACAAAACUUAUGUACCGAUCUCAAAACACAAAUUCAUGAAUUUAACAUGAAAUCAAAACUUAACAAGAAAGAAGAAUUUGUUAAAGAAAUGCAAUAUCUCAGGAAGGAGUUGAAACGGAAUUUACAUUCUAACAAAAAAUUGUGUGAUAAAAUGGAAAAGCUUCAAUGUUAUGAACAAACGUAUAAAGAAUCAAGCGAAUCAGAUAUUCCCACUCGUCUAAUGGAUACAGAUGGUCUCAGAAGGUCAUCUCGGAUGUCUAUGGAAAUUUUGAAAGAUCGUACAAAUCUAUCUCAAAAUUAUAAAAUGAAAUGGCGAUCCUGGGAUAAUCUUAGCAGAGCGACUGACUUCAGUCAUGUAAAUUUGCCAAAGGAAAAAGGAUUCAAGUUAAUUCACAAUGUUGAAGAUUCAGUAGACCAGUCUCACUACACUUCACCAGAUCUGGGUAUUGAUUCCGAUCCUUCUCAGGAUUCCAAAAUCCAUAAGCCAUUGGAUGAAAAUCAAAAUAAGGUUAUAGAGAAGGAAUCUGCGGCUAUAGAAAGUUUAAAGUCAUUAUCAUUGUCUAAAGGUUGUAGUUUUCAAGAUAAACUUGUAGGUCAAGCACUAUAUGCAGUUUCUCAAUUGCAAGACUAUGAAUUACUUAAGAAGGAAAUCGAAGAAAGCUUGGUAUUAAUCAAGGGCGUGCAGGCAAGGAUUAAAGAUCGUCUAAUCACAUUUUCUUCUAAGAAUAGUCCUGGAAAGAGUUUAGAAUAUAGCACACUGAAAGAGAUUAAUAGUAGUUGUGCAAGUUUAGAAGCAUAUUUGGAGGAGAGUUAUCAUCUUGUCAGUUCAUUUUGGAUCACAUCUAUACCUCAGACAAUAACAGAUGAUAAAACUGAUUCAACAACACAGAAUGAUUUAUUAGAAGAACUUGAAAUUUCUAAAAGUCAGUUGAGGAAAUUGACAAAGGAAUUGAAAGAGGCUAAUGAUAAGAUUUAUGCUAAUGAAAGACGUAAAGAAAAAAUGGAAAAAGCCAUUAACCAUCAAUUAUUGAAAACAAGAAGAGUCUUAACAGAAGCCAAAGGAAAUUUAGAGAAACACAAGUUACCCGAAAAUUCGUCCAGUAAAAGUAGAGUCUGUAAAUAAAAAUGCAAACCAACGAAUGUAAAUAGAAGUUUCCGUCCGAAAUAUACCACGGCUCUGUAGAUACAGAUCUUAUCAAAUGUAUAACUUGCCAAACUCGAAAUGUGCCACAUUUUGAAGCAACUCAAUUAACAAUUAUAUUUAUUAACUAAGCAACAAAAAAUAUUGUGAUAAACAAACUGAAUGGGACCAUAAUUUGUAGAUACUUUAAAUAAAAAUACUUUAGAAUU